AUGCAGCUGCCGGCAUCCGAAAAGGUGUUAAAUGUGCCGCACUGCAAUGUCAUCCUUCAGCGCGGAAAGGACGAUCCGGGCAGCACGAUCCGCACCGAUGACAACCGGAUAAUGUUCCGGCCUCGGGACUUCAAUCAACGGCAAGGCCAGUGUGCCUUCAACAAAGACUACGCGAUCGCCAACAUCAGCGAGUGGGCCAUCAUGCCGAAGAACGAGGAUGCUCUCGCGUAUGCCCUGUGGAAGGUGGGUCCACUGCCUAUAAGCCUGAAUGCAGCACCAAAGUCCUUCCAGUUGUACAGCAAUGGGAUCUACGACGAUGAGGCUGCGUGCGACAACUCGAAGGUGAACCACGCGAUGCUGCUGCUCGGCUACACCAAAGACUACUGGAUCCUGAAGAACUGGUGGGGUGGCUGGGGCGAGGACGGUUACAUGCGGUUGGCGCGGGGCAAAAAUCUCUGCGGCGUCAGCAACUACGCCGGGUACGUGGUGGUUUGA